AUGGAGAAAAAAUAUACUCAAAAGUUUCGAAAAGAAUGGAUUAAUAAUCCCAUGUUAAAAGAAUGGAUCAGUGAAUGUAAAGAUCCAGAGAAAGCUUAUUAUAAUGCAGGCAAUCCGAACGACAAUAAUAAUGAUAGGAAUAACACAUUUUGCUCUACUAACAAUAAUAACGACAGUGAUAACUCUGGUAAUAUCAUUAGAAAUGUUGAAACAGAAGUUUGUGCUACAUCGGUAAAAUUACCAUCUUUUUGGAACGAACACCCUGAAGCGUGGUUUAUACAUGUAGAAACAAUGUUCAGAAAUAAACGAAUUCAGAAUGAUAAUUCCAAAUAUGAACAUAUUAUUAUAUCACUUCCACAAGAAGUUAUUAUGUCAGUCAUAGAUAUAGUGCAAAAUCCUCCAUUAGAAAACCGUUAUUUAACUUUAAAGAGUAAGCUUUUAGAACGCCACUCUUUAAGUGAACAAAGAAAGCUGGAUAAACUACUUUCAGAUUCAGUAAUAGGAGAUCGCAAACCUUUAGAAUUUUAUAGGUAUCUUUUACAAUUAGCUGGUCGUAAUAUAAAUUCUGAAUUCCUUAAAAAUGUUUGGCUUAGAAAACUUCCAAAAGCACUUAACAUAGUACUAGUUGGUUCCAAUGUUGUUAAUACUGAAGAUUUAUUAAAAAUAGGGGACAAUAUAUGGGAAGUAUCAAGUAAAACUGAAAUAUAUAAUGUUGAACCAAAUCAUAAUAUUCCGAGACAUUCAAAUAUUGAUACAGUUGUUGAAAAUUUAGUGAUGGUUACUUCUGCAAUGUGCGAACAAUUUAACAAAUUAUCAUUGGAAAUUUCAGAAGUUAAAAAUUCUUUUCAGACAUUUCGACCAACAUUUUCUAAUCGUAGUAGAACUAUGUUGUAA